AGUUUAUGGGUCUAGACUUUGCAGGAGAUCGAAACCUAGAGAAGAAACAACAAUGACUCAGUACAAUCAACCUCCCGUUGGUGUUCCUCCUCCUCAAGGUAGUUCACCGGAGGGGAAUCCACCGCAAGGCUACCCACAGCAGGACGAUACUCCUCCGUCCGUGCCGGAAUAUCCUCCACCACCGCAGCAUCAGCAGAAACAACAGAGCAGUUAUUGGUGUCUAGAAGAAUGGUAAGUGAAAAAUACUCGAUCUAAUCAAACUUGCGUUACUAAUGUAUUUGUUGUGAGUUUCGUAUGGAUCUAUGUUAUGAAGUCUGAAUCUGUCUAUAGAUUCCAUUGUAAUCCUAAGGGCAUCUCAACUUUAAAUAAAGAAAAAAAAUGAUGAGAAGAUAAAAUGAAAAGUAAUAUCUCAAAUGAUAUAUCAUGAGAAAUCC